UCACUCCAUCAUCCUCUUGCUUUCUGUACAUGGACCACCCUCCGCCGCUCCGUAGCAGUGGACUGCGCCUGCCGCUGUGGUAAGUCAGUGCAGGCCCUCAGUCUCAGUGGGAGCAGCAGGCAAACGGAGCAACGAGAGGCGAGGAGGCGCAGAAUGAACCUGACGGAGGCACUCAACUGAGACACCGCAGACUGAACUCACUGACACAGAUCUUUUGGCUGUUUGGUGAUAGCAAGAGGAGCAAUCAUGGGACUCGACAUGUGGAGCUUUUCUCUCCUGUUGGGUUUGUCUCUCUGGAGCAACACCCAAGCCUUGGCCAGGAACCCCAUCCUGUCCAGGAUUCGAAGAGCUCCAGAGGCUGCUCAAGAAAACAAGAAAUGCUCCUACACCUUCUUAGUCCCAGAGCAAAAGAUCACAGGUCCCAUUUGCGCUGCCCGUGGCUAUUCCACUGACAAAGACCGAGUGACGCGCCUGGACGUCGCCGCGGUGCGAGACCUUCUGUCCAAACAGCGUCGGGAGAUGGAAACCUUGAAGCUUGUGGUGGACGUGGACGGUAACCUGGUGAAUGAGAUGAAGCUAUUGAGGAAGGAGAGCAGAAACAUGAACUCCAGAGUGACCCAGCUCUACAUGCAGCUGCUGCACGAGAUCAUAAGGAAGAGGGACAACUCACUGGAGCUGGCUCAGCUGGAGACACGCAUCCUCAACGCCACAACUGAGUCGCUGCGGUUGACCUCCCGGUACAAGGAGCUUGAAGCCAAAUAUGCAGCGCUGUCUGCAAUUGUGAACAAUCAGUCAGUGCUGAUCGGAGCGUUAGAAGAGCACUGCAUGCAGAUGUAUAGUCGGAGACACGAACAGCCACCCAUGGGACCUCCGUUGGUACAGGUGGUGCCGGAGAACAUUCCGGUCAGCGUGCCACGGUUCACCAAUGAGAUCCAGAGUCGCAACGCCAGAGGGUAUGGCCCGGAAAGGGGGGCUCGCUCCGGGUCAUCUCCCACCAGCAGUACGCCUGAAGUCCAGAAAUCUGAGAGAAACUUCAGCACAGAGGGCCCGUUCAGAGACUGCCAGGAGGCCCAGGAGGCCGGCCACAGCACCAGCGGCAUGUAUCUCAUCAAAGCAGAUGAAGCAGAAAGGCCGGUGCAAGCCUGGUGUGAACAGGACAUAGACAACGGGGGUUGGACAGUGAUCCAGCGCCGGAGAGAUGGAUCAGUAAACUUCUUCAGGAACUGGGAUAACUACAAGAGCGGCUUUGGCAACAUAGACGGGGAGUACUGGCUCGGCCUGGAAGCUAUCUACAAGUUAGGGAGGCAGGGAGACUACAAGCUCCUGGUGGAGAUGGAGGACUGGAUGGACAAGAAGGUCUACGCACAGUACAACAGUUUUCACCUGGAGCCCGAGAGCGAGGGCUACCGCCUGCGGCUGGGCACCUACCAGGGCAACGCAGGGGAUUCCCUCAGCAGCCACAACGGCAAACAGUUCACCACGCUGGAUCGAGACAAGGACGCCUUCUCAGGUAACUGUGCCCAUUUCCACAAAGGAGGCUGGUGGUACAACGCUUGUGGCCAAGCCAACCUCAACGGUGUCUGGUACACCGGAGGAGUGUACCGCAGCAAAUUCCAGGACGGGAUCUUCUGGGCCGACUACGGCGGCGGUUUCUACUCCAUGAAGUCUGUUCGCAUGCUGAUCCGACCCAUAGACUGAGGCUGCAAGAAGUACCGCCCAACGGCAGGGCCGGCAAACACCAGACUCGUUCUCAAGCCGUUGCUUCACACAAGCACAUCUGCAGCGAGAGGUCGAUCCUAGACGGCAAAAAACUCAACCGAUGGAACCAGGCCGAGCAUCAGUUUGCAGGAACAGACACAAACUCUGCAUAUAUGGGGACUUAGGCAACACAAAUCUGUAUCACAUGUAGCUCUGCGAAGCACCAACACGGUGCCUUGCCAAAGUACUCAUAGUCCUUGAACUUUUACACAGUGUGAUGUUAGAACUACAAACUUUAAUGCAUUUUAUGUUAUGGACUGAAAUACGCAUCUCCUAAUUGUGAUGUAGAUGAAAAGAAUUACUUUGUUUUCAAAUUACUUAAAGG